CCUGACCGCUAUUUGAAUAUUGAUGCUCCCUGCGCCGCCACAUUGGUGCGCCUCCCCGUGUUGUUGUUGUCCGUCUGACAUUGUGCGAACGAAGCGUCGCCACCGAGAUUUGCGGAAGAUGUCCUCGCUGCUGAAGCCGUUCUCGGUGUGUGAGGGGCCGUGCGAGAGCUGCGGAGCCCGGAGAGGAUGCCCGAGCUCGGCUCCCCGUCACCAGCCUCCAUCGCAGCGUCUCUCCGCCGCUGCAGCCGCGCCUGGGCUGGGCUCUCUGCCGGAGCACCACCGCUCGUACUCGGCGCGGAGGAACCUGGCGGCCGCAGCGAUCGGAGGGAGGAAAAUCACGCAUCCCGGAAAGGCCAUCCUUGCAGGUGGCAUUGCAGGAGGAAUAGAGAUCUGUAUCACCUUCCCCACAGAGUAUGUGAAGACCCAGCUGCAGCUAGAUGAAAGAGCAAACCCACCGCGGUACAGAGGGAUCGGUGACUGCGUGAAGCUGACAGUGCAGGAUCACGGGCUCAGAGGGUUGUAUAGAGGUCUCAGCUCCCUGCUCUAUGGAUCGAUACCCAAAUCUGCAGUCAGGUUUGGCACGUUUGAGAUGCUCAGCAAUCCCAUGCGAGACGCCACAGGUCGACUAGACAACACACGGAGCCUCGUAUGCGGUUUGGGAGCCGGGAUAGCGGAGGCCAUUUUAGUCGUCUGCCCCAUGGAGACACUCAAGGUGAAGAUGAUCCACGACCAGUGUUCCCUCCAUCCUCGCUACAGAGGCUUCUUUCACGGAGUCAGCGAGAUUAUCAGAGAACAGGGUGUGAGGGGAACAUAUCAAGGUCUGACAGCGACUGUGCUUAAACAAGGAACCAAUCAAGCCAUUCGAUUUUAUGUCAUGAACGCGCUUCGCAAUUGGUACAAAGGCGACGACCCCAGAAAAGAAAUGCACCCAAUCGUCACAGCGAUGUUCGGCGCGACAGCAGGAGCAGCUAGUGUUUUUGGAAAUACACCUCUCGAUGUUGUAAAGACCAGGAUGCAGGGUUUGGAGGCGUACCGCUACAAAAGCACAGUGGACUGUGCCUUCCAGAUCUUGAAGCAUGAAGGACCACAGGCAUUCUACAAAGGAACAGUUCCCAGGCUUGGCCGUGUGUGCCUGGACGUGGCCAUAGUCUUCGUCAUCUAUGAGGAAGUUGUCAAACUACUCAACAACGUGUGGAAGACCCAGUAGACCGGCCUGACGGUGACAGAGGUCCAGGGGGGAAGCACAGACCAGUGCCUCAUGCUACGCACAACCAAACACCUCUAUUCUAGUUCAUACUGGCUCUGCAUUGCUCUGAGCAGAUGACUCGUCUCCUUAUCGACCAGUGUCCACACUGUUACAUAAAUUAAAUGAUUUGCAGGACUUACUCCAAACACAACGAUAAAAAAAAAACAAAGUGACAGCUGCUAGUUAAAGAGAAAAGCGCUCCAUGCACCUGACCAAACUUGAAGGCUCAGUUUCCUGAGUCUCAUUCCCAGAAACAUGACAAUAUUUAGAUAUUCAGCUUAGGAAAGAAGAGAAGGGACAAACAGGUUGAAAAAGGGAUAUAUGUUUAAGCUUUCUAUGACUGUUGUUACUGUACACGUUGUGAACAUUUUGUACCGAAACCAUAAACGUGUCUUUCGAUUCACUAAGUACGUACUAUAGUGAGCAAAGAACAGAGGACGCAAACAAGCUUUUUGUAGUACUUUCAAAUGUCUGUUCAGUACUUCAACACAUCCUAGUGUUGUAAUUGCUUACCAGGCUGUGCUUGUGGUAUCGUCACACUAAAACUUCCACAGUGUUUCCUUUGCUGUGUCUCGGUGAUGAACGUUAGAUGCUGUUCAUUGUGCAUUUUAUGGCUGCUGCUGAUGACAGAGUAUUGCUGCAUGAGGGUUGAUGUGGCAUCCAGCAGUUUCUUGCAGGUUUGCCGAGGCGACACAAACUGGUCUGCAGGAGUUUGUUAAUCUGAUAUCCAUAUGUAGCACAAUUUUAACAUAGUCUUAAUAUAGUGGCAGAUCUGACUCAGUUUAUCUAAUAGAAGUUUGUGAGCUUGUGGUAUGUUGUUAUUCUGGGAAAUUACCAUCAUACAAGUCACAGAGGUAUUCAGUAGAUAGCUGCUGCUGCACAUAAAGGAUUCACUUGUGCAUAUUUGUCCAGUACUGCUUUCUUUAGUCCUUCAGUUUGGCUAACACUUCCAUUUUCAACCAGGUGAUGGUGUGCAGCCUACAAAAUAAAAGUGAAUUCACUUCUACUGUAUCAGAAAUAACAACGUGAAAAGAUGUCCCAGUUUGUAAGCCAUAUUACUUUAAUGUCCUUGAGUUUUCAGUGGUUUUCUUCUGUUUACUAAAUCAGUCAUCAAAUAGACUGUCCUCUAAUAAGAUACGUCACUUUAUUAUUCUUUGUUUACCUCAAGCUAACCUGCUUCAUGAGCUUUUUGUAACUGAUAACAUAGAUAACUUGCUCUUCUAAUUCUGUUAAUAUACAGUACUGCAGGUUUUAGGCACUAAAAGCAAGGAUGUUUUUCAGAAUAAUGGCAUGAAUGCAAAUAAUCUGUUGCAGGACUUAAGAAUCAAAACAUACAGAGUGCCUAAAACGUCGCACAGUACUGUCUAUUAAACUACGAUUACAUAUGUCAGAGCCUCAACCACAUGACAGGUAACUAGUUUUGAUAAAAGGCUUUGACUUCUGACUGACCUAGUGGCACCACACAGCCUUGAACAGAAGCCUUUCAGUCCACUUUGCCAAACUACAUUUGUAGAAUCUCCAAUGUAAUAUCCCUGAUAGCAGGAAAUCUUUAUUAGCUACACUUUAAGAGCAACAGAAUAUUGUUUUAACCAACUUGAGCAUAUUUUACUUACAGAAUCUUUGUGCAUCCACGCUUUGCUGCUUUUCAGAAACAUUUCAACAGCAAUGUGUGUCUGUCGUCAGAUUUUUCGUGAUCAUUCAUGAUACAAAUCCCGUUGGGCAGAUUGAAGGUGACUUUUGUGUUGAAGAAAAACCAAAAUGACGUUCGAGGAAAUAUUGUUGAAAAACAUCCGUUCUGCAAAUAUGAUUUACAUGAUCAAAUACUAAUAAACUUGUGAUAAUCAAA